AUGGAUGAGUACCCUCUUUCUGGUCUAGAAAGUCAUCCUCGUCGUUUCAAAGCUCAUUGGUUUAAGAGUUUUUCUUGGCUAGAAUAUUCGCCAGAAGUGGAUGCUGCAUUUUGUCUUCCAUGCUAUUUAUUUUCUAGAAAAUCAAGUCCAUUCACAUCAGGAGGAUUUCGCAAUUGGAAAAAAGUGAAUAAUGGAAAGGAUUGUGCAUUUUUAUCUCAUGUGGGUAAAUCUCUUAAUUCUCCUCAUAAUAUUGCUGUUAAGUCUUGUAAAGAUUUGCUUAAUCAAUUAUGUCACAUUGACAAAGUAUUGGCUAAGCAAAGCUCACAACAAGUUUUAAGCAAUAGAUUGCGUCUUAAAGCCUCUAUUGAUACUGUCAGAUGGUUAACGUUUCAAGCUUGUGCUUUUAGGAGACAUGACGAGAGUCAUGAGUCUCAGAAUCGAGGAAAUUUUCUUGAAAUAUUAAAAUUAUUAGCUUCUUACAAUAAAGAAGUGGAUGCAAUUGUUUUGGAUAAUGCUCCUCAAAAUGCAAUAUACACAUUACCUUCUAUUCAAAAGGAAAUUCUACAUGUUUUUGCUAGAAAGGUGCAAAAUGAAAUUCGCAAUGAGAUUGGUAAUGCAAAAUUUUGUUUGAUUGUUGAUGAAGUUAGAGAUGAAUCUAGAAGAGAAAAAAUGGCACUUGUUGUUAGAUUUGUUGAUAAGCAUGGAUUUGUCAAAGAAAGGCUAAUAGAUGUUGUUCAUGUCAAAGAUACUACUUCUGCUACUCUAAAACAAGAGAUUUGUUCUGCAUUAUCUCAUCACAAUCUCAACAUUCAAAAUGUUCGAGGUCAAGGGUAUGACGGAGCUAGUAAUAUGCGUGGAGAGUGGAAAGGGUUACAAGCUUUAAUUAUUCAAGAAUGUCCUUAUGCAUAUUAUGUUCAUUGCUUUGCUCAUCAAUUACAGCUAGCUCUUGUUGCCGCGGCUAAAGAAGUUAUUGAUGUUCAUGCUUUUUUCCAAAGUUUGAGUAAUAUUAUCAUUGUUGUGUGCUCUUCUUGCAAACGCAAUGAUGAAUUACGAUAUGCUUAUGCAACUGAAAUUUCCCAUUUAGUUGCAACUAAUCAAAUUGAAACAGGAAGGAGAGCAAAUCAAAUUGGCACAUUAAAAAGAUUAGGAGAUACUAGGUGGAGCUCUCACUUCAACUCAAUUUGUAGCCUUUUACAUAUGUUUGGAGCAACAACUUCAGUUCUGGAAGAUUUGGCUACUAAUGGAUCUACAUAUUCUCAACGUGGUGAUGCUACUUAUGCUCUUAAAUCUUUAUUAUCAUUUGAUUUUGUUUUCAUUUUGCAUAUGAUGAAAAAAAUCAUGGGAAUCACUGAUAAACUUUGUCAAGCAUUGCAACAAAAAUCUCAAGACAUUUUGAAUGCUAUGCAUUUGGUUUCUAGUACAAAGUCAUUGAUUCAACAGUUAAGAGAUAGUAGUUGGGGAGCACUUUUGGAGAAAGUUAGUUCUUUCUGCAAUGAUCAUGCUAUUCAGAUACCUGAUAUGGGUGCUUCUUUUAGUGACAUAAUUCGGUCUCGUAGUAAAAAGGAUGUUGUCACUGUUGAACACCACUAUCGUGUUGACAUUUUACUAGCGUGA